GAGGCUGGAGGUGGGGCUUGUUUGGGGAACCGGAAUAAGUCAAAUCGUGCAGCCCUGAAGGAGGCCUUGGGGAGCCCUCAGGAGGUUUUUGGCCAGGGUGAGCAGGAUUGGGCUGAGUGUGCUUGGGGUCCUGGGCAGGUGUGGGAAGCCCUGGCGGACUGUCUCAGGGAGCUUGGAGGACGUGGGGAUGCUGUGGGCUGAGUCUCUGUCAGGCAUUUGGCACGCCCAGCCCAGCCCUGGCUCCGGCCAGCAGGGCUUUGUGGAAGGAAGGAGUGAGUACCCAGGACGGGCCGCUCCGCUCCAGGGCCGGCGGUAGGAGGGCCUCUCGAGCCCCCAUGUGGGUGCCACUGUGGAAGCCGAGCUGUGGUUUGGGGGUGUUCGGCUGGGGCUGCUUCCCUGCAGAAGGUUCUCCCAGCCUCUGGGCUGGGCCUCACCAGGCAGCCCCGCCCCUUGCACGCCCCUUAACCUCACUCAGGUGCUCAGGAACCUGGAGGAGGGCGGGGGGGUCUCAGCCCCUUGGGUUGGGGCUGUGAAUGUUGAUGGCUGGUGCUGCAGGAGCCAAACUGGGGGCCUCUGGGCCAGGCAGUGGGUGCCUCACUGAGCCCUGGGGAUGGCCGCCCCCAGUGCAGCCUGCGAGUUCUGGGGGGGUGCCUUGCCCACUGACCCCUCUCUGGCCAGCUGCUCUGCUAGUCUGAAUGGGAAGGGCCCUCGCAGAUGCUGGAGGAAUCGGGCCCAGGGCAGGUGAGGGGCAGAGCUGAGACUGUCUCCUAACAGCCCAGUGUUCGGGCCCCUUCACUGCUCGCCAGGGGCAGGUGGGGAGACUGAGGCAGGAGGCCACCUUUCUGCAAUGCACGGGAGGGGCAGGAAGUGGGACAGGAGGCGAUUGUCCUGGUUGGUGUUUAGAGCUCAGUCCCUGCUUGUUCUUCUCCAGGGCAGAUUGCCCCCCAGCUGAGAACUACCUGAGGGCCAGGGCUGUCCCCCAGGCGUGUUCUCGGCUCCUCCCCUCACACCUACCCCAGAGGCCGAGCUCAGGGCUGCCCCCCUCCCUGUGCCCAUCUCGCCCUACCCAGAGUCAGGAUGUGGGGAGUGGGGGCCCCAGCCUGAGGGAGCCCCCAGGCUGGCAGAGGAGGAAAGGGCAGGUCGUGGCCUCUGGUGUCCAGGAAGUCUUCUUGGGGGAGAAGCUCUGAGCUGACUCUGGGAGACUCCAAAGGGUUCAUUGGGGACUUCAUGCAAAAAAGAGUCCCUUGAACCGAAAAGACUGGGAGAUGUUUAGCUGUGUUUAAUUCAGCAAGUUCUUUCCCUGCAGGACUUGUCAGAGCCUUUGAUUUGCUAAUGUGCUCAAGAAAUCUUUAAAGGAGGAGCAUAUUAACUUGCCUUGCCUGUGACCAGAAGCUGGUGUAGAGUGUGGCCCUGUGUGUGUAGCUUUCAUGGCCCCACCAUGGGCCAGAGCAUGUCUCAGGAGAUGCAGACACAGUUGGAAAGAGCCCAGGCCUUGGAGUGGGGAGGUCUGGGUUUGAAUCUCAGCUCUAUUGCUUCCCAGCCAGGGGGCUUUGGACAAGGAGGUUAGGACCCCAGAGUCGUUCCCUGGCUGGAAAUAGAGUGAGAGCCACUCCACCCUCACCUGGGGGUCAGGAUGGAAGGACCUUGCCCCGUCCACCCCAGUCCUGCUCACUUUGGUGGAGGUUCUCAGAGGCUGACAGUCGGGGACGCCAGCCUGGCUGGUUUUCUGCCUUCUUUAUCUCUGUUGGGCUCAGAGGUCACAGAGUGUGUCUUCAGGGUUGGGUGUUACGCUGUAUCCUGUCAACAGACCUCGAGGGAUUGGGGUGGAGACCUGAUGCUGACCCCAGUGGACAGCUACUUUCUCGAGGCCUAACCGGGCCCCUCCUGGGGCUGUCAGCCAUGCGGACAGCAGGCCUGAGAUUCUGCGCACAGUUCUCUCCGCCCCCCGAGGCCAGGCCGCUCUCCGGGGAGGUGGUUCAGCACUCGGUCAGGGUGGAGCAGAAGGGGCAGGUUCCAGGCUCACUGCCAACCUGAUAACGUGUGUCCUCUCGACUUGGGUCCUCUGGGCCAGGUGCAACCUCGGUGCUGUGUCCUUGUCGCCCCACUGGAUCCUCUCAGAGCCCUGUGUGUUCAGAAUUAUUCUCUCCUUUCUUCACAUGAGAAACUGAGGCACAGAGGGGGUCAGAUCCAGGUCGCUUUGUGUGCAGAGCUGAGGAGCCCGUCCGGUCGGCCCGGCCUGGGUGCGAAGGAAGAUUCCAGCAGCGCAGUGACCAAGGCCUGGCCGUGGAGCUAGCGGGCCCCGUGCUGCCCAUGGAGCUGCCGGCCGAGGGGACCCCUCCCCAGCCCCACCUGCCGGGCUCGGAGAGGCCAGAGGCCUAGGCCGCGGGGGAGGUGUCGGCCCGCAGAUGCCCCCGGGCCGUGGGGUCUCCUGAGUGGCCUGCCGCGGGGUGUGCCGGAGCGGGAGCAUGCCAGCCAAGGGGCGCUACUUCCUCAACGAGGGCGAGGAGGGCCCGGACCAGGAUGCCCUGUACGAGAAGUACCGCCUCACCAGCCAGCACGGGCCGCUGCUGCUCCUGCUCCUGCUGGUGGCCAUCUCGGCCUGCAUCGCCCUGGUCGCCUUGGCCUUCAGCCGCGGGGAUCCCUCUCAACAGCAGGCUGUCCUGGGGACGGCGUUCUUGACGCUUGCUGUGUUUGUGGUUCUCUACGUGCUGGUCUACGUCGAGUGCCUUGUCCGGCGGUGGCUCCGGGCCUCGGCCCUGCUCAUCUGGGUCUGCCUGGUGACGCUGGGCUACGUGCUGGUGUUCGACUCAUGGAUGAAGGAGGCCUGUGCGUGGGAGCAGGCCCAGGUGCCUUUCUUCCUGUUCAUCGUCUUCGUGGUGUACACACUGCUGCCCUUCAGCAUGCAGGGGGCUGUCGUGGCGGGGGCCGUCUCCAGCACCUCUCACCUCCUGGUGCUCGGCGCGCUCAUGGGGGUCUUCUCAUCACCCAGCGGCUGGGUGGGGCUGCAGCUGCUGGCCAAUGCCAUCAUCUUCCUCUGCGGGAACCUCACCGGCGCCUUCCACAAGCACCAGAUGCAGGACGCCUCCCGCGACCUCUUCACCUACACGGUGAAGUGCAUCCAGACCCGCAGGAAGCUGCGCAUCGAGAAGCGACAGCAGGAAAACCUGCUGCUGUCGGUGCUCCCAGCCCACAUCUCCAUGGGCAUGAAGCUGACCAUCAUCGAGCGGCUCAAGGGCUGUGGGGACCGCCGCUACGUGCCCGACAACAACUUCCACAGCCUCUACGUCAAGCGGCACCAGAAUGUCAGCAUUCUUUACGCUGACAUCGUGGGCUUCACGCGGCUGGCCAGCGACUGCUCCCCCAAAGAGCUGGUGGUGAUGCUGAACGAGCUGUUCGGAAAGUUUGACCAGAUCGCCAAGGCCAACGAAUGCAUGCGCAUCAAGAUCCUGGGUGACUGCUACUACUGCGUGUCGGGCCUGCCCGUGUCCCUGCCCACCCACGCCCGCAACUGUGUGAAGAUGGGGCUGGACAUGUGUGAGGCCAUCAAGCAGGUGCGGGAGGCCACGGGCGUGGACAUCAGCAUGCGUGUGGGCAUACACUCGGGGAACGUGCUGUGUGGUGUCAUCGGGCUGCGCAAGUGGCAGUACGACGUGUGGUCCCACGAUGUGUCCCUCGCCAACAGGAUGGAGGCCGCUGGAGUCCCUGGCCGGGUGCACAUCACAGAGGCGACGCUGAACCACCUGGACAAGACGUAUGAGGUGGAGGACGGGCACGGGCAGCUGCGGGACCCCUACCUGAAGGAGAUGAACAUCCGCACCUACCUGGUCAUCGAUCCCCGGAGCCAGCAGCCGCCCCCACCCAGCCAGCACCUCGCCAAGCCCAAGGGGGACGCAGCCCUGAAGAUGCGAGCGUCCGUGCGCAUGACCCGCUACCUGGAGUCCUGGGGGGCUGCGCGGCCCUUUGCCCACCUCAACCACCGAGAGAGCAUCAGCAGCAGCGAGACCCUUGUCCCCAAUGGCCAGAGGCCCAAGGCCAUUCCCCUGCGGCGCCACCGGACCCCUGACAGAAGUGCGUCCCCCAAGGGGCGAUCGGAGGACGACUCGUAUGACGACGAGAUGAUGUCGGCCAUCGAGGGGCUCAGCUCCACGAGGCCCUGCUGCUCCAAGUCCGACGACUUUUACACCUUCGGGUCCCUCUUCCUGGAGAAGGGCUUCGAGCGAGAGUACCGCCUGGCACCCAUCCCCCGGGCCCGCCACUACUUCGCCUGUGCCGGCCUGAUCUUCGUCUGCAUUCUGCUCGUCCACCUCCUGCUGAUGCCCAGGACAGCGGCUCUGGGGGUGUCCUUUGGGCUGGUGGCCUGCGUGCUGGGGCUGGUGCUGGGCCUGUGCUUUGCUGACCAGUUCUUGAGGUGCUGCCCAGCCCGGGGGAUGCGCCGGGCCGUGUCUGAGAGGGUGGAGACUCACCCGCUGCUGCGCUUGUCCCUGGCCGUCCUGACCAUCGGCAGCCUGCUCACUAUCGCCAUAUUCAACCUGCCGCUUUCUUCCCUGGGGCCGCCGGCGGGGAACCAGACGAGCCCGAAGGCUGCGAGCAGCAGGGAGAGGACCCCGUGCGAGCUCCUGCCAUAUUACACCUGCAGCUGCAUCCUGGCCUUCGUCGCCUGCUCUGUCUUCCUGAGGAUGAGCCUGGAGCUGAAAGUCGUGCUGCUGACCGUGGCCCUGGUGGCCUACCUGGUGCUGUUCAACACCGCCCUGUGCGUGCAGGGGGGCUGCUGCGGCCGCAGCCUGGGCAACCUCACCGAGACCAACGCCACCCUCAGCUCCUCGGCCUGUUUGUGGAGGGAUCUGAAGACGAUGAUCAGUUUCUACCUGGUUCUGUUCUACGCCACACUCAUCAUGCUGUCCAGACAGAUUGACUACUACUGCCGCCUGGACUGCCUGUGGAAGAAGAAGUUCAAGAAGGAGCACGAGGAAUUCGAGACCAUGGAGAGCGUGAACCGCCUGCUGCUGGAGAACGUGCUGCCCGCCCACGUGGCCGCCCACUUCAUCCGGGACAAGUUAGAUGAGGACUGGUACCAUCAGUCCUAUGACUGCGUCUGCGUCAUGUUCGCCUCGGUGCCAGAGUUCAAGGUGUUCUACACCGAGUGCGACGUCAACAAGGAGGGACUGGAGUGCCUGCGCCUGCUGAACGAGAUCAUCGCCGACUUUGACGAGCUGCUGCUCAAGCCCAAGUUCAGCAGCGUGGAGAAGAUCAAGACCAUCGGCAGCACCUACAUGGCCGCUGCUGGGCUCAGCGUCCCUUCAGGGCACGAGAACCAGGACCUGGAGCGGCAGCAUGCCCACAUCGGCAUCAUGGUGGAGUUCAGCAUGGCCCUGAUGAACAAGCUGGACGGGAUCAACAGGCACUCCUUCAACUCCUUCCGCCUCCGAGUCGGCAUAAACCACGGGCCUGUGAUUGCUGGGGUCAUCGGGGCGCGGAAGCCCCAGUACGACAUCUGGGGAAACACGGUCAACGUCGCCAGCAGGAUGGAGAGCACUGGACAACUUGGGAAAAUCCAGGUGACAGAGGAGACGUGCACCAUCCUCCAGGGACUCGGCUACUCCUGUGAGUGCCGCGGACUGAUCAAUGUCAAAGGCAAAGGGGAGCUGAGGACUUACUUUGUCUGCACGGACACCGCCAAGUUCCAAGGGCCUGGGCUGAACUGAGGCUGCUGGUAGGGGCAGGACAUGCCGGGGGCCGACCGCUGCCCCGAAGCAAGCCGACAGGAAGACAGCCCACGCCAGCCACGGGUGUUCCACGGGCAGGGCCACCACCACCCGACAGGUGGCUGUGCGUGGCUUCCUGGGACUUGCACAAGAAGACUUGGACACACACGCCGGCCCCAGGUGCUCACUGCACAGGUGGGCACAGCCUCCAGCCUGGCAGCAACAGGCCCCGGAGUGUCAGAUCCUCGCUCAGGUCCUGCCUGCCGUGGAGGCCGCGGAGCACGACCGAACACACCCGCUGUGGCCGCCAGCCGCGCAAAUGACACCCGUCCUCUUGGUACAGGGCUGACACACUGUCGGGUGGGCUGGGGACGCCUUUUGCCCAGUGGCGGGACUGCCGCUCGCCCAGGCAUUCUGGUGGCUAGAACCGGGGUGUUCCCAGUCCAGAAAUGGUUUCGUGGUGGGAAGAAAGCACGGUGGACGCAUUCCUCACCAUCUCUGGCAUGUUUGUUUUAAAUGGACACCUUAUUAAUGGAGGUUUUAUACUUUUUAAUGAUGUCAGACACUAGGCAAACCUCUUCCCUCCCGCGCCCGCCCGGCCUCUAACCGCCGGCACUUCAGCGGGGCUGCUGUCCCCCAUCAGCUGGUGGGAUUGGCUGGUGGUGGGGACGCAGCUCUCUGGAACAGGGCUCUGAGCGAGCCAGCGGGGCAGCGUGGCCUUGGCUUUGGAUCAGACCACUUGGAUUCCAUUUUGAGGUUAGGUUCGAUAAGCAAAAAGCCUAGAAGAUUCGUCACAACCAACCUCACCCUCGACCAUGCACUUCCGGGCUCCUGGUGAGCCUCCGUGCGUCUCGCAACCACGCUGACUGGAGAAGCGGCCUGGAGCGCGGGCGCCAGUGCACCGUCCUGUCUGCUACCUGCACACCAGCCCCGAGGAGCGUCGGCCAGGAGCCAGCACUCAGCGAGGGCACGUGGGAGGCCCUCGGGGCUGCGGAGACGCUGGCUGAAGGGAUCAGUGCAGGUGCACAGAGCCAUCUGUGAGCCUCACCUCUGCAGGAUCCAGAGCCCAACCCGGCCCCACCCUGAGAACCAACCAACCUGCCACUCCUUUUCUGAUCUGACUGCACUGCCUCGUGACCAGAGCAGCCCAGGACCUAGUACAGGUGAGGUCACUGCACAGUGGGGUUCCCGAGAUCACAGACCGUGCUAGCAGCGACUUGACAUCGAGGGCUGCCUGGGCCGAGGGGCCAGCUGCCAGCGUCUCACCCUGACGUACACGGUGCCGGGCAGCAGUGACGCUGCAUGUGACUGGAAUGGUAUGAACAAGUGCAGGAACUUGCUGUAGGAAGGAAUCUGCCUCUACACCACCCGGUCACGCGCAGGGCUGGCCUCGUGGGACAGGGCGAGCAGGCUCCGGGGGGUCAGGGAGGGCCCGCGCAGGCGCACAUCAGUGUGCAGGGGCCUUUCCUGCUCGACAUUCAAGCUGCUUGUUUCUUCCAGCGACAGAAAUCCCGGUUGGGAGUUUAAAAAAUAACUGGUCACCAUUAAUGUAUGUUUUUUAUUUCCAGUUAAGCACUGCUCAGAUAAGAUUCGGUUUCAAUGUUCAGAUCGGAGUGUACAACUGACCACAGAAGUCACUUGCAGUUAUUUUUAUAAACCUGUUUUCUAAUGAGCAAGUCACUCCUUUACACGUGUCCUUUUGUUUUAUGACAGGACAGGUCCCUUUUCUGUCCUCACCAGCUCGUGAAAGACCCCGAGCUUCUCGGCCAGAGAAGCUCCCACGGCACAGACAGCAGGCCGAGCACUGCGUCAGCCAGUGACGCAGAUGUGCACGUGGCCAGGCUCAUUCUGUGCACUCGUGUUCACAGGCCUGUAGUGUUUGCUUGAAAAUGUUCUAUUUCAUUUUUAUAAAG